AUGGAGAAAUUAGCGUCAGAGCGCAUUGGCAUCAGAAUCAACACAGCCACUCCCAAUGUGGAACCCCUGCCUACACCUCUGCCGCUCUACCUCUCUACUGGCAACCCUCCGACAAUCGGACGCACGAGGCAAGCGGUUGUGAGCGGCGUGCAGAAGACGCUCUCGAAAACCUUCCUGCUAGCCAACUUCCUCCCUAUCAUAACCAUUUUGACCUUCAAAAUUGUGAUGCCACCGAUCUACGCCAGCGGCGAGUGCUCCGUCGUAACUCACCGUACUGUCAAAUUGUGCUUUGGUUGCUCCACAUUUGAGUGCAACAGCGGUUCUCUGUAUGGAGAUGUACGCGUGAGAGAGAGAUAG